AUGAAGAAGCUGAGAACAAGAGGUACAACACCGGAACUGAAGGAAGAGCAAAUGGACCAUAUAGUCAAAACACUAUUCCCUGCCCACACAAAUAGCAUAGCAAGACCUACGCCACCAAUAGCCGAAGAACAGAUAGAGCCCUUCACAGUGGACGAGCUGCUGAAAGCGGCGAAAACUCUAAAAAGGAAGAAGGCGCCGGGGCCCGAUAACAUCCCAUCAGAAGUCCUCAAAGUGAUCGCCGAGAACAGACCCCAAAUACUGCUGGAUAUGUAUAAUGCGUGCAUUACCAGCGGGACAUUUCCAGACACCUGGAAGGUGCAACGGUUGGUUCUGAUAAGCAAAGGCAAAGGAGAUCCCCUGACACCAUCAGCUUAUCGACCACUAUGCAUGCUCGACACAACCGGGAAGCUACUAGAGAAAAUCUACGACGAAAUUUUCCACCUAGACAUGCCUGAGGACACGACCAUCGUGGGGUACGCAGACGACAUAGUUGCAGUCAUUACAGCUCGAAAUACCGAGUACGCACAGCGCAAAUUGACGCAGGAAAGAUGGACAGCUGAAGAACGAGGAAGAUGGACAGCUAGGCUGCUACCAAACCUGGUAGCAUGGUCUACAAGGAAACACGGAGACUUGGAUUACUACGUUACCCAGAUGCUGACUGGCCAUGGCUACUUUGCCGCCUUUCUAUACUCGAUAGGAAAAAGAAAGGUCGCCAGAUGUAUAUACGGAGAUGCAGAGAUCGACAGUGCUGAACACACCAUCUUUCAAUGUGAAAAGUUCGGACCGGCGCGCAUUUGCCUGGAAGAAGUUGUUGGGAUAAUAACACCGGAAAACAUCAUCACGAAGAUGAUAGACAGCGAAGCAGCGUGGAAACUCAUUGCAGGAUUCGUUGAGAACAUCCUCAGGGCGAAGAAGCCUGAUCUGGAUGAGACAGCUGGGUGA